AUGGCGUCUCCGGUAGCUAUGCAAGUGCAACAAUAUAGAUCUCUUUUAAUCACCACCCUCAAAACCUCACCGCCUUCUCCAAAUCCGAACAAAUUCAAACCCAUGUGUUCCCACAUGUCCCACAACAGUACCCCUACCAAACUCUAUCGCCGCCACAAGCACCACGUCCCUUCAAAUGAAAAGAAUCGACUGCUUAAUGUCCCUUUAGAUGUUGAUUUGAUGGGCUUGUGCAAGGAAGGAAAGGUCAAGGAAGCAAUAGAGUUCAUCGCUGGUGGUCAACAUGUAUGUACUGAUCAUGGGCUUUUUGUUGCUCUUUUGGAUGCCUCUGCGAAUUUAAAGUCGCUUGAACUGGGUAAAAAGGCACAUGAGUUGUUGAAACGUUCGCCUUUUGCUUUUGAUGUUGACUUGAAUAAUCAAGUGGUUGAAAUGUAUGGCGAAUGCGGGAGUGCGAAAGACGCACGCCGUGCGUUUGAUAGAAUGCGUAAAAGAAACAUGAGGUCCUGGUAUUUGUUGAUAAAUGCAUACGCAGCAAAUGGUCAGGGAGUUGAUGGGCUAUUGUUGUUUGACGAAAUGAAGAAGUUAGGAUUGCAGCCCAAUGCGGAGAUUUUUUCGGCUGUCUUCAUGGCAUGUGCUAGCGCUGGAGUUGUGGAAGAAUGUUUGCUACACUUUGAGUCAAUGAGGAUUGAAUACGGUAUUACUCCUGGGAUCGAACAUUAUCUUGGUGUUGUUGAUGUUCUUGGAACAACUGGUUUGUUGUAUGAAUGUGAGGAGUUUGUUGAGAGGAUGCCAUUUGAGCCCACAGUUGAAAUGUGGAAGACUAUUAGGGAAUUUGCACGAAUUCAUGGGGAUCUUGAACUUGAGGAUCGAAUCGAGGAGUCUUUGGUUGCUCUGGAUCCUUCACGAGGCAAUGAUAGUAAAAUCGCAUUGCCCCCAAGAAGGAAGUACUCAGCUACCAAUAUGUUGGAGGAGAAGCAUAGGGUGGCUGAAUACCGGUGUGCAGAACCUUACAAGGGAGAGGGUUAUGAGAAGUUGAAAGGUUUAAAUGGGCAGAUGAAGGAAGCUGGUUAUGUUCCAGAUACCAGAUAUGUGCUUCAUGACAUUGACGAAGAGGCAAAAGAGCAGGCCUUGCUGUACCACAGCGAGCGUUUAGCUAUUGCCUAUGGUUUAAUUAGCACUCCGGCGAGGCAAACUCUUAGGAUCAUCAAGAAUCUCCGAAUCUGCGGUGACUGUCACAAUGCAAUAAAAAUCAUGUCUAGAAUUGUUGGGAGGGAGCUUAUUGUUAGGGAUAAUAAGCGGUUUCAUCAUUUUAAGGACGGAAAAUGCUCUUGUGGAGAUUAUUGGUAA